GCCGCCAGUAUGGAUGACAUCUACAAGGCUGCGGUAGAGCAGCUGACAGAAGAGCAGAAAAAUGAGUUCAAGGCAGCCUUUGACAUCUUCGUGCUGGGCGCCGAGGAUGGCUGCAUUAGCACCAAGGAGCUGGGCAAAGUGAUGAGGAUGCUGGGCCAGAACCCCACACCUGAGGAACUGCAGGAGAUGAUUGACGAGGUGGAUGAAGACGGGAGUGGCACAGUGGACUUCGAUGAGUUCUUGGUCAUGAUGGUUCGGUGCAUGAAGGAUGACAGCAAAGGAAAGUCUGAGGAGGAGCUUUCUGACCUCUUCCGCAUGUUUGACAAAAACGCUGAUGGCUAUAUCGACCUGGAGGAGCUGAAGAUAAUGCUUCAGGCGACAGGCGAGACCAUCACAGAGGAUGACAUCGAGGAGCUCAUGAAAGAUGGUGACAAGAACAAUGAUGGCCGCAUUGACUAUGACGAAUUCCUGGAGUUCAUGAAGGGGGUGGAGUAAAC